CACCUGCAACACUACUUCAACAAACUGCGCUGUCUUCUCAGAUGACACCAAAGAUGUCACGCUGUCGGCGAAUCCAAUCUCUCUCACUAAACAAACAGUUAACUUUCCCAAACCACCAUGAUGAUCCCCAAAGGUUCCUCUUCCGUAACAGCGUCGCAAUGGAUGCCUUGGGCUCGACAGCAGCUGUCCCAAAGCCUCAAAGCGGGAACUUCUCAAGUCAGCAAUAAUUCGCCUCAAGCCAAAAGCUCUCUAGAAUGCUAUUUUGACGCCUCCCGUGAUCAGAUUCCAUUACAGGCACCGUAUCCCAUAGUUCCAUCGAUAGCACUGCCACCAGGACAUGCCUUUGCCCGACGCCACGCCGAUGGAACCCCCUUGCUGGUCUACCGUGACAAGAAGGAUCCGUCUCAGAUUCGAGCCUUUGUCAAUUCUUGUAGUCAUCGAGGAUCUCCAUUGGUAGCUCCCAAUAAUCGUACGGGUCAAUUCGUCACCAAACCACUCAAGGCGCCACUCUUGACGUGCCCGUAUCAUUCAUGGACAUUUGAUGCAUCGAGUGGUGCCUUGCGCAAGAUACCCGGUCACGAAAAAGCAUUUGCGUUGAUGGAUACCACUGAAUUGGGACUGACGCCCUUGACGUGUACCGAAACAGCGGGAUAUGUGUGGAUUGGAGGGGAUGCACUGCGUCAAGAAAGACUCUGGCAAGCGGAGGAUAUGCAAUCAACUUUGGAGCACUUUUUGCAUCCACCGGGAAAACAACAAUCCGCUGCUGCGCUCAUUGGAUAUCGAGAAUGGACGGUUCAAGCCAAUUGGCAGUUAUUGGUAGAGACCGCACUCGAGAGUUAUCAUGUUCCCGCUUUACACCAAAAAACCUUUCAUUUGGUGACCGAUCCAACCGAGGGUACCAUGGUUUCCCAAUGGAAAGAUUCCCAUCGAAACGUCACCAUGACUGUGCCGCUGCGCAACUUUCAACCAGACCAUGACGAAUCUGCUGCCGGUUGGACAGACCAAGAUACACUUCGGUUCUUGGGAGAAACGACCACGACACACUUGAUUUUCCCGGCGGCCUUUGUCACCUUUUUCAAACGGCUGGCCACAUUUAUUACCAUGGAACCAGCAGCGAGUCAACACCAUCCAACGGAACCUUCUACCAGCACGUUGGUUCGUGCCUGGGCAUUGCCCCACAAAUGGUACGAGGAUGAUGAUCAGGAAGCGCAAAAGAGAGAUUUUGCCUCCGUCUUGGCAGCGGUGGAGGAGGAUUGGGAGUGCGCGGAACAAAUACAACUGGGAUUGAAUCAUAAAGACGACAAACAAUUCAUUUUCGGAGGCUACGAAGGCAACAAUGUCACGUUCUUGAACAAUGUGGGAGCCGUGGCAAAAAAGAUGGAGGAGAUGAAAUAGGUAGUAAGUAGUUAGCUAGUAGGUUGAUCGGUAAGGAUCGCACACAUCAUGCGAUUUGUGUUUCACACUAGCAUCAUCAGCUCAUUGAUGUACUAGCUAGCUAGCUAUAUAUCUAGUGGGCUGAUUGGGCUGUUAGCAGGGGCUGCCUUUGGCGUUACUGCUUCCCGACAGCUACCUCUACAGAUGAAUAG